UUCAAAGACCAUCUUUGCUGAAGACAAUUAAAUAGGAAGAUGUUCCAUCAUGGCCCACAGGAGUGAACAAUGCCAUUUUGAAUAAGUAGAUCAAGUUCCCUCGUAUUCUUAAGAUUUUGAUAUGGCAAGCACACCAGACAAAGAAGCCCAGGGUUCUACAAGUGUUGAAAAGAGAAAAAGUACGUCCGCUUCGAAAGUCGUGGCCUCUGGAGAUCGAGGAGCAACUGGAAAGGCGCGCUUAGAGUUCCGAAAAGGGUUUUAUAACAAAGAUACUAAGGAUUCGUUGGAUAGGAGCUCAAAGAGUACGGGAAGCCGUGCUAGAGGAAAAGAAAACAUACAUAGUGCUCAUAAAGAAGACGAACAAGUAGUAAGCCCUCCAAUUAUUUCGCCAAAAUUGGAUGAAGUGGAAUCCAAGUCACCUUUUCCUGUAUCAAGGAACUUGGGGACAGAAUUCCUCUCCGUUGAGGGAACACCUCAACCAAAAUCUAAGGCUCCUGAACAUUUUUCAGGAAUCAAGCUUCUUUCUAUUACUAUAUUGGCAGUUAGUAUCUUUUUUGCCUUUACUUAUUACUCCCCUCCUAUCCAGUUGCCGUUUUGUGACUCAAACAAUUCAAAGGUCCUUGAAGAUUGCCGUCCUUGUCCAAGUCAUGGUACUUGCAGUGCUGGAGAGUUGACUUGUGAUCACGGCUUCAUUGAAUCUGCUGGAAAGUGUGUGGAGGAUAAAACUUUUAGUGUGGUUACAAAAGACACUAAGAAUAGAAUAGAAGCCAUACUUAGAAAGAGAGCAGGAAUGUCUUUAUGUGGCACAGGAGAGGUUCAGAAAGAAAUGGAUAGUGCUCAGUUACGCAAAGCAGUUUUGCUAUCAUUUGGAACCAAGCUACCUCUGGAAGAGAUUCGUUUUAACCGUGCAUUUACAGAGGCAUUUUACACAAUUGUGAACGACUCUGUUUCGUCAGAUGAAUUUGAGUGUAGAGAAGAGGGAGAAAGGAUAUGGUGUCAAGCGUUGCAUCCUUCUCUUUCCUUGUCCUGUCGUUUAAGAUUUUUUGUUUUGCAAGAAUGGUGGAAGCUAUUGAUAACAAUGUCAAUACUUAUUGGAAUAAGUCGUCUCUACUUCUGGUUCCGUUUGAGAAGAUGGAUCGAUAAGCAGGUGAAAACAGUUACGGAAGAAGUAUAUCGACAGUUGACAGCAAGUUCCCAAUUGACAUCACCUUUAAGUGAAAGAAAGAAAGUAGUAGUUACUCGGUUACGGGACGACCUUCUUCACGAUCAGUCUUUACUAAAAUGGAAGGAUGUUAUUUGGCGGAAAGUGGUUGAGAGAGUUGACAGUGAUUCUCGUGUUCAGAAGCGUAGAGAAAUUGUAAAUGACUUACCUCAGUUAGUCUGGGAAUGGCAUGACAAAAUAGUUUAAGUAAAGAUCAUUCUCACGUGCGGAAUACUUGGCAAUGUCCUCUGUUUUCUUUUUUAUA